AACAGCACGAACUCACUCGCCGAGCGAGUUUAGCAGAGGGAGGUUGUAUCGCCCAGUGCUCUUCACACACACUAUUUCCCCCAAGAUGCCUAGCAAAGAAGAUCUGUGCUUCCUCUCUGAGGCAAAAGCCACCACCACACAAGACUUCUUAUCAAGAGACAUUGAUGAUCUAGUGUUAGAAAUCAAAGAGAACUUGAGAUUAAAGUCUCGACCGGCGCAUUUAAGUGGUGGUAAGGCGAAGACCCGCGCAUCGCCCUACAGUGUGCCAUCCCGGACUGAGAGUAAAUGUGGGUGUUGUGAAGGCCGUCGCUGCAUACGGAGGGGCCUGGCGGCGCGGCGGAGCUCCGACGACCCUUACGAGGCGCUGCAGGAGCUGCUCAAGGAUGGGGACCUGAUCAAGGAGGCGGUGCGGCGGCUGCAGCUGGGGCUGUCCCCGAAGCAGCGGGUCUAUUACGACUCUGACGACGAGCUCAGAACGCCGCCUUACCCCUUCGACCAUAUAGAAGUUUGAUCGAACUUAGUAAAUAAACAUGUCCCGUCGCUGCCGCCGCUCGGCCGGGCGGCGGCCAUCCACCGCGGCACACCGCUCACGGCGCCGCCACCAGGGUCGAUCACAACUCAGCCGCCGCCGCCGCCGCCGCCUCCCACAAACAACAUUCUCCACCCGCCGGCCUGUUUAGAUGCCACUGACCACGCUCAACCAUCGCAGCCACCACUCAGCCAGACGAGGCCCCUUCGCCGCCACCGGACCACACCACGCGGGGCCUCCCCCUCCACCACCUCCACUACCACCAUUACCACCUGUUGGCCCUCGACGGUGCUGACCACUGCCACCACCACCACCACCAUCACCAAUGCACUGCUGGUCAACCUGGGUCACUCAACGACUUAAAAGGGGUCAGCCUUGAAGACUCCUGCUGACUAGCGAUGCCUGAGCGAGGACCGGCUUGGCGUAGGUCGGCUCGUCCUUGCCAUGGGCCACUCCAGUACAAGUGUGGCAAGUGUGAAGUGGAGGCGCUCGCCGAACACCUGCCAGAUCAGCUUCCCGUCCAGCGCUAAGAGGAAGCGUGCGAGGCUCCCCCAGCGUGCGCCCCGCCGCCGUAACAAGAUCGUGGGGGCACCGCGGGACAUCUCGUGACGUCUCCCGCGACCAAGGAUGGACACGGAUCUCUUAAGUUAGAUGGUGCCUUUGUCUUCACGCCAAAGGAAGCGGACCAAGCGUUAAAUUAAGAUGCGUACCGACAACUUUUCCGUCACCGGGAACGAAUAGUUGAUCUGGAAAAGUAUCUAUAAAUAUCCUAAUUGUCUCCUGGCGAUUUGAAGUGAUGGUAAAGUGAGCAGGAAGUGCUGUUCAUGGUGAGAUUUAGUGGAAAGUCUGCGUCACUCCCCCGUCACCCCAAAAAAUGUUGAGCAGUGAUGAAGAUACGGAACUCAUUAGUUAUUGUCAGGUCCUCGCUGCUUCCCACCAACCAGCCCACACUCGGCCGGAAGCGUGCUAUCAGGGAGUGCUGGCUAGGGAUGAUGGCGGUUAGCUGAGUGUAUUUUGAUGGGGUAUUCCUUUUGACAUGAAGUUUUUUUCUGAUCUCAGUGUAUGCUUGUGUCCAUAGACUGAUCUGAAUGACUUCUUGACUCAACAGACUGAAAAAUUUCGUGACAGUUGUUAGUGAAAAACUGUGAUUACUUUUUUUUUUCUUCUUUUUUCCACUGUCAUUCAUCAUUACUUUGGUCAACAAGUUAUGGAAUUACUCAAGUGUUUGUAAAUUGACAAUAACUAAAGUGAUUUAUUGUUUAUUCAAUAUUUUAGAAUUUUUUUCUUAUGACGAUUGAGACAUGCUUAGCAAUCUCACUCCCAAGUCCUCAAGUUCCAGUGUUAGUACAAAUAAUAAUAAUAUCCCCAGUUGACUCCAGAGCUCAGGUUUUGUGUUGCUGGCCACUUAAGGUUCGUUUCCAAAGCAGCAGCCACAGCAGCAGCAGCAGCAGCAGGGUGUUGAAAUGAGACACUUCAUCAUAAGCAAGAUUAAAACAAAAACAAAAAAAAAUGUAAUUGCAUACCAUUACCAAAGAGCUUAGCCACUUCUGUGUGAGGCUAACUUCUAUUACCAUUAUUGUUCUUGCAUUUUUCUUUAGCAAUUUCUCAAGUCUAGAUUGUUUAGUACAGCGUGUUGAAGCAUAACUUUCCUUUAUGAAGGGUGAAGCAGGGUGAGUGUGCAGGUUGGGUGGUUGGUGCAGGUGCUGGAAAGGAAGCUGGUUACCAUGGCACCCUAACUUGUUAUCCUGGGAGCACCACCACCCUUCAGGAAUCAAUAGUCCCUGGCUAGCCACCUCCUCCUCCUCCUCCUCCUCCUCCUCCUCCUCCUCCUCCUCCUCCUCCUCCUUCUCCCCCCUCGCUUCCAGCCACCCAGCCAGUCGCCAGCCACCCAUGCAUCCUCUCAUCACUUGCUGAAAAAAAUACUUCAAAAUUACCAUGGCCUUCAUUAACAGCUUUCAGUGUUGCAUUAAGAGAAGUAAUAAGGGAAAUGAGCUCAAAAAUGUAAUAAUAUAGAGGUUGUACAAAGGUUUUUCUUUUUUUUGUACAUCAUUUUCUUUGGUAAUUUGAAACAUCUUAUAUUUUAUUCCUGCUGAUGGAAAUGAUGGAGGAUUUCUUUUUUGUCUUAACUUGAAUUUUCAAGCCUUUAUUUAUUGAAGAGUGUGCUGUGUGAAGUGAGGGUUUAUUUUUUAUUUAUUUUUAUUUAUUUUUUAUCUUUUUUAGCAUGAGUGCUGACUUUUUUCUAAUGUUAAUGAUUUUUUUUUAUUCAUUUUUUUCCAAUGAACAUCUAUUUAUUUUCGAGUGAGGUGUGUGAAGUGAGGAUACAAUUUGUUCUGUUAGCAUGAGUGGUCUCCCCAUCCUGUCGUGUUCUAGGUAUACAUGUGUAGUGACUUCAUAUUGUGUUAUCCUGAAUUAAAUGUGAUAUGUAUUUAUUAAGUCACCUUUUGGACUAUGUUGACCUCUGUACAUAGGCUCUGUUGAAAGGCUUAGGUCAUUGUAAAUAUAUCACAACUAGGAUCAUUGUCUACAAGUGCAUGUUUUAGUGCAUUUACAUAGUUUCUGUAACGGAAAAGACACUGAUGAUGUGUAUUUGUAAUAAAAAAAAUGAGAGGAAA